CUGAUGUUCACGGCGGGGAGAGAAAGAAAGAAAGAAAGAGGGGGAGCAGGACGGAGGAGAGCAGUCGAGCUGGGCGGCCGGGAUGUGUGAGCCAAGUCUGCUCAGAUACAACACACACACACACACUCCCUCUAUCUCUCUCUCUCUCUCUCUCUCAAGUAUGUCUGCGCCACGCGCGGCUGUGACGCUGCGCCGGACUUUGUACAGGUGAAUGAGAGCUGGCGGGGCUCGUUCACUGCUUUUUGGGUUUUCUGAAGCUCCGUCUCGAGGGAGGAGAGAAAAAGCUCUCCUCGUGCCUGCUUUUUCACCUCGGUCCGGUCUGGCAGGUGCGGCAGUCAGGAGACGGGCGGAGGAAGAGCCGCUGUUUCAUUAACUGUCCGCGGAGACAGACAGAGACGCACCGGAGAGGACACCAUGUCAAGGCAGGCGAGAGGAAAAGGUUCAGCACGAAAACACAGCGCCACUCACUGGUGUCUGCAGAAUAUUGCACAAGAAUCCGUUGACAGCUCCGAUGAGGAGUUCUUUGAUGCCAGAGCAGAUGUUAUGGAGGGGAAGAACGCUAUUCUGCUGGGCAUGAGUCAGUGGAACUCUAAUGACCUGGUGGAGCAGAUCGAAACUCUGGGACAUAUGGAGGGCCAGUCCAAUGAGGGUCUGUACCAGCUGGGAGGUCCACGCUGUGCGCCUCAGAGCAGUAUCGAAGGGCUGGAGGAUGCAGAAAGAAAAUGUAAGACCCACGUGCUGCUGCUUGUGGUGCACGGAGGAAACAUUUUGGACACAGCAGGGGGAGACCCCAGCACAAAGGCUGGCGAUGUGGCCACGUUGGCCUCGGUGCUAGAGAAAGUGACGCGGGCACAUUUCCAGGCUGCGGCAGAGCAUGUGAUGAUCAAGCUGGUGCAAUGUCCGGCCGUGUGCGCCGAAGCAUUCUCCCUGGUUUCUAAUCUGAACCCGUACAGCUAUGAUGAGAGCUGUGUUUCCAGCAGCGUGGACCACCUGCCUCUGGCUGCCCUCCCUCUCCUGGCCAUCGCGUCUCCACGCUACCAGGAUGCGGUGGCAACUGUCAUCGACCGGGCCAACCAGGUCUAUCGCAGCUUCCUGCAGUCGGAAGAUGGCCAGAGUUUCACAGGGCAGGUAUGCCUGAUGGGCGACUGUGUGGGUGGCGUGCUGUGCUUUGAUGCUUUGUGCUUCAGCAACCACCCGAGGCCUGGUAGCCCCAACAACAGCAGCAGGAACAACAGCACUGAGAGCCUGAAGGACAACUCCGGCAUGUUGGGGGAAGCAGGUCCUGGUUUGAGUUCCAGCAAGAGGCUUAGUAAGAGCAACAUCGACAUUUCUGCUCCCAACAACGGCCAGGGCGGCCCGCCGCUCAGCCGCAAGCAAAGCGACUCAUAUGAUGGAGACACGUCGUCCGCCGGCCAGCACAGCCUCUUUUCCAGCUUGAUGAAGGAGAGCGUGGAGGUGCGUGGUGGCAGUAGUACCAGCCUGGUGUUGAACCCUGGCCGCUUUGACUUUGAGGUGUCAGACUGCUUUCUGCUGGGCUGCCCGCUGGGCCUGGUGUUGGCCAUGAGACGGACUGUGCUACCAUAUGUUCAGGUGAGCCAGCUUCGUCCAGCCUGCUCCCAGAUUUUCAACCUGUUUUACCCCUCGGAUCCUUCAGCGUCCAGACUGGAGCCGCUGCUGCAGCCUCUCUUCCAUAAGUUGCCACCAUUUGCCGUCCCACGUUACCAGCGCUACCCUCUAGGAGAUGGGCGCACACUGCUCAUAGCCGAGGGGAUCCAAGGCCAUCCCAGCGUGUUUUUAGAAAGUGACCAAUCCCAUGAAGAUACACCUUCACAUCAGUCCUCCGAGACAAAGAGUGAAGGAGGAGGAGGAGACGGUGGAGGUCGAAGAGCCAGCGUGACCAGUAUGGGAAGCGAAAUGUCACUUUGCUCCCUGGGCCAGCUGGGAAGCACCAUCUCUAACAUUUCUAGUUGCUGGUGGGGCUCGAAGAGGCUGGACUAUGCACUGUACUGCCCUGACGUGUUGACCGCGUUCCCAACGGUGGCUCUGCCUCAUCUUUUCCACGCCUCCUACUGGGAGUCCACCGAUGUUGCUGCUUUUGUUCUUCGGCAGCUUAUGCGAUGUGACUGUGUGAAGACUCAGGAAGCGGACAACUUGGACUCGGCUCCGUUCUCACCCUCCAGCCCACGUGAAAAAUGGCUUAGGAGGAGGACGCAUGUCAAACUAAGGAACGUAACAGCCAACCACAGAGUGAAUGACGUCGUCGCCACGGAGGACGGCCCCCAGACCCUGGUUGGUCGCUUCAUGUACGGCCCCCUGGACAUGGUCACUCUGACUGGAGAAAAGGUGGAUAUCUUGCUGAUGACGCAACCCCAGUCUGGCCGCUGGGUUCACUUUGACACGGAGGUGACCAACAGCAGCGGCAGAGUUACGUACACCAUACCGCCGAGCAAGAAGCUUGGCCUGGGAGUUUAUCCAGUUAAAAUGGUGGUCAAAGGGGACCAAACCAGUGCAGAGGCCUAUCUGACUGUGUUGCCGCGGGGUAUGGAGUGUGUGGUCUUCAGCAUCGAUGGAUCCUUUGCUGCUAGUGUGUCCAUCAUGGGCAGUGACCCGAAGGUCCGGCCCGGAGCAGUGGAUGUUGUCAGGCAUUGGCAGGACCUCGGGUACCUCAUCAUCUACAUCACAGGCCGCCCUGAUAUGCAGAAGCAGCGGGUGGUAUCAUGGCUGUCGCAGCACAAUUUCCCUCACGGUAUGAUCUUCUUUUCUGAGGGCUUGGUUCAUGAUCCACUACGACAGAAGACCAUCUUCCUCAGGAACCUCAUGCAGGAGUGUCACAUUAAGAUCAACUCUGCGUACGGCUCCAUGAAGGACAUCUCUGUUUAUAACAUGCUCGGCCUCAGCCCCUCACAAAUUUAUAUUGUUGGCAGACCUUCAAAGAAAUACCAAAACCAGUGUCAGUUCCUGAGCGAGGGUUAUGCAGCACACCUCUCCACGCUUCAGUUUGGGCACAGAGCCAGAGCCAAGAAAUCUCCCUCUGUCCGCAUGGUCUUAAGGAAAGGUUCAUUCGGCCUCUCAGCAAAGCCAGACUUCCUGUGUAAACGCACCCACCUGCGGAGGACCAUGUCGGUCCAACAGCCCGACCCCCCGUGCACGCCAAACCCCAAGCCGGAGCGGGCCCAGAGCCAGCCGGAGUCGGAUAAGGACCACGGAGGAGGAGCUGGUGGGCAUGGUGCAUGGGGACGGGCCUCCAUGCAUCGUGGAGACACCACUCCCUGACAUCAAGAAAGAGAUGGGAGGAUUGCGGGAGGAUAGGAGAGGAGGAGAGCAAAUGGGUUGCAGUGUCAAGGGCCAAGUGUUGUGUUUGUCUACUGUGCAUCGCACAUCGGACCGUCUUCUGGCCUCCGUCAGAGCUCGGUUUCACCUCCCGCUUGGCCCUCGACACUUUGUCCUCUGUAUGAACCUCUUCCUCUCCUGCCCUGUGGAAAGAUAUCAGCAUUCCAAGAUUUGAAACGGCUCCAGAGGGUGGCAGUAAUUGUGUCACGCUCAAAUAGUGUCAAAAUAUACAAUCAGAAGAAAGUACUUCAGAUUAUAAAUAUCCACAUAUACAGUACUGUACUAAGCUCCUCCAGAGCUUGAAAGAUGAGAUGAUAGCAGCUACUUUAAAGCUGUCAAAACUCUGAAAUCUCCAGACCUUGCAGCAGAUUACUGGGUACUUUGGUCGCACUCAGACUGCUGUUCUGACAGGUGGUUGUGUUUCGACCGAUACAAACACCGACCACUUCGCGUGGGCCUCUGAACACAGAAGCACUGUGACAUUUUGGAUCAAUGUCCACAUAAGCCCUGCAACCCGGAGGACCCAAGAACCCAAACUCUGCCUCUACUUUAGUCCCUUUCUUUGAUGUUCCCCUUGAGUUGAAGCUGGCUUACUUUUCCCCCUGUCUCUCCCCGACUGCCCUCCCCUCAACCAGUGAGGCAGAACAUGCCUUUCGACAGCCAACUCAGUGCUGCUCCGCAGUCGCUGAAGGGAUGUGUCAUUCACAGUUCAGCACGUGAGGUGACAUCUGUACAAAACCGCUGCAGCUCUCGAAACAAGAGUUCCUUAUAUAGUAUUUGUACUUUUUUUCAUCUCACUGCCAUUUAUCACUGCUUUAUGGUUGCUGUAAUGACUGAUUACACAUAAUUAGUACAAGAGAAAGUGGUUAGUGUGUCAAAAAUGUUUACAGAUUGAUAGGAUGUUGUAAAUAAAAAAGUGAUGAGCAUUUCCAAUGAUGGUAUAAUAAGCUUCUUUGUAAGCAACAUUAGUUUAGUUGCUUGUGGUUUAUAGUAUCUUGCAGUAAACACAGUUACAUUUGAAACUCUACCAGGAUGCCUGUGAGUCCAUUUGUUACAACUGCACUGAAACCAAUAGAUUUGUGCUGAAAUUUGACAGUCUUGUGGACUUGAAGUUAAACUAAGUCUUAUGUGGUCAUGUUUAAAAAUCUGUGCAAGUUGAGGAUAUUUUUCUAUGAGGAAAUCAUGUAAAUAGGAAUAUUUUCAAUGUAUGUUUUUGGAUCCUUUGUUUGACUUGUACAUUUGAUGUUUGCCUUAAACUGUAUUUAAUGUUGUGUUGAGAAUCAAAAUGAUUAUUUUGGCCAAAGUAAUCAGUUCUACUAUCAUUUAUGACAAAGUGCAUUUUAUGUUGUUGAUAGUUUAUAUUUCUUAUACUCUAUAAGCGUGUGUGAAUGUGUGUGAAUGUGCUGGUAUUUGUUGUGUAAUUGUAUUUACUGAGGACAUCUGUGAUGAGUAAAUGCCUCUGCAGAGGAAACAGGGAGGUUUUUUUUAUAGCAAUGGAUUGAAGCAGGAUGUUGGAAGAUUGCUCAGUCGAGGAUUUUUAUGGGUACCAUGAAAGAAAAGAGGCUUAUGAGUUCUUAUGUCUUUACUGAAAAAUCUGCAUAGCAGAGUGGAAAGUGCAAUCCAGGAGGAUGAGUCUUUUUAUUUCACCUCCUGCACACAGUACAUACAGUAGUACAGUAAUUAGUUAUUUGAUUUCUAAGUAUGUGAUUCCCUGUAGUGAUGCUCCUGUAAAUGCAGUGCAUCAACUAGCCUUUCCUGCUAACUGUUCAAUAUUAUAAAACCUUUCUGAAAUACUUAACUCAAUUUUUGUUUAAAGUUAGAUAAUUAAUACUGAGUAAUCAAAUGCUCAUUCCAAUCAACACCCACACAUUAAUCCAGAGGUGAAAGUAGAAUUCCUUUCUUUUCGAAACUACCCCAACCAUUGCAGCAUGUUAGAGGUGUUGCAGUGUAGUGUCCUUCUGCCUUGUUUCCUUGUUUCUAGAGAACACGUUCCCAAAUCCCAAAGAGAUGGCAUUAGCAACAUUGGCAUUGUUCUCACUGGCCUUGAGCCAACCCAUCCAUAAAACUGCAGUUCGUUGCAUUGAUUCAUAUUUUAUACAAACUGAUGCGGAAAAGUGAACCUGAAGUGAUAUGCCUUUGAUGACUCGUUUCCACUUGCUUUUGUGCAGAUUGCAUGCCUAUGAGCACCUCUGUAAUCUCCAACUCAACUACAAAAGCUCCUCCUGGGAGUGUUAUUUUCCUUGUGUGCUUUGACAUAUGUGUCUCGUGGAUUUCAGCGAGAACAAAUGUACUGUUAUGAUAAGGCUGACAAUGCUGAUUUAGCUUACACUGCACCUUCUUUAAGUUGCUUUAGAUUGCUCGGGUUACAAGUGAAGGCUGCUAUAAAAGUAGUUUAUCUGCGAUGACAGUAUCUUGGUAGUAGCAACAGUAUUGUUGGCAUUAGCAUCAAGCUAAUCAGUCCGUAAAUAACUACCUUGUUGCAUUGAACACUAGGGAACAUUACAUUACAUAACAUCACAUAUUAAAAAUGACUCACAAAAAAAAGAACCUAAUCAAUCCAAAAAAUAGAGGCAGACUUUCAGUAUGCCAAAGGAGAACCAAAAAUACAGCUACACAAUCAGCUUAAGCAGGGAAGUGCAAAGGAGUGUGGGGUUAGAUUCUGUUAGUCCUGUUAGGCAGUUAGGAGAGGAGAUGGAAAAGAUGUGCCUUCAAGAGCAUCAUGAAGACAGAGGGGAUGCUUCUGCUCUGAUAAAAUUGAGAGGUUUUUCCAACACCAUGGGACAAUCUUUGAGAACUAUCUGGGCUUAAAUGUGCCUUGUGUAAGAUGACACUGGCAGAUGAUGGUUAUGAGAGGAGCGCAACAAGACAACCUUUAUGAUUUACUUGAGGUAGAUGCAAGCCAACCACGUUGUAGGACUGCAGAAUUGAUUUAAAUUUGAUUCAAGCCGCUACUGGUAUCCAAUACAGGUUAAUGAGUAAUGGAGACACAUGAGCAAAACACGCCCCCGUGUUCUGGACCAUCUGUAAAGGUGGAAGACCAGCCAGGAGGGCAUUGCAGUAUUCAGGGCAGAAGAUAACAUGGCAUAGUUUAGGUAGGGUCUGAUUUUCUUUCUGUUGUACAAAGCAAUUUGGCAUGACUAUGUAAGAGCAGCAACCUGGUAAGAGAAGACUAACUGGUCUUCAGUUUUGAUGCCCAGAUUGUUCACCACCUUGGAAGAUGUGAUAAAUCUAGAGAUUUUUAUUUAAAAAUCGUCGGUGGGCAUCUAAUCUCAAUUACUGAACCAGCUUUAUUGGCCAGGUAUGCAUACACAAACAAGGAAUUUGACUCUGGUUAAUCUUUGGUCACAAGUACAACAAUCACUUAACAUAUAAGGAUAACAAAUUAAAACAUAAAAGGAGUAAAGACUAAAAACAGAACAGUAAGAAUAGAAUGAAGCCGGUAGAAUAUGUGUAUGUAUGAGAAUAAAUGGGCAGGAAUGACCAAUAGCUUGGUCUUGGAGAGGUUUAGUUGAAGGUACUGUUUCUUCAUCCAUGACGAGAUGUCACGGAGGCAGGUGGCUGUCCUCGUUGAUGACGGGGUCAUCUGGUGGGAAUCACAAGAAAAGCUGGGUAUUAUCUGCAUAGAAAUGACAUGAGAAUCCAUGCGAGUGGAUGGCCUGGCCCAUUGAAGUUACGUAGAUAGCAAACAGAAGGGGCCCCAGCACCAAGCCUUGUGGAAGGGAACCUACAGGGGUUGAAGGAGCUAGCCACAAUGAAACAUAAGACAGGAUUAAAUAGUAAGCUAGAACAUCCAAGAAGCGGGAUAUUAAGACACUUUUCUGUUUAAGAUGGUAUAACAUUAGCAGGUAUGGUUUAUUGUUAAAAGUGUUUCAGUGACUUGUUUCGAACGUGGCUUUCAGAGAGGCAGUUUCUCUCUCCUGCUGGAAUUCUGUGCUCUGUCAAAACUUGGGUGUAGUUACAGACUAUUUCAGCCUACGUUCAUCCCUGCAUUUUUUUUUUAAAGAAGCCUGCAACAGUACAACACAGAUUAUAUAGUUCAAUAACAUUCUCAAUUGCAUAAGAAGUAAAAACAACACAACAGAGUUGGUAAAUGGCAAAUUGUCUAAUGGUUAAUUAUUGUGUGCAUCUUUAGUUGAUAGUUCACUAUUGACUAUCAGUUGUCAUGUCUGUUAUUCUUAAAGAAUAUGCACAAAUAGUGUGUAAAAAUGUAUAGAAAUACUACCAGCCACUGAUCGCGGAGGAAAAUCAAUAUUUGAAUUAUCAAUAAUAAUUGAGUUUUAAGCAGAAUAACUCUCCUCUAGAUGUGAACCACAUUGCAUUCAUAUUGCCAUUUGUUUUUCCUCAAACUUUCUCUCACAUUGUCGCAUAAAUUAAAUUUUUAAAGCCUUAUCAGGAUAUCUCUAAAA